AUGUGGGGUCUUAUUAAUUUUGUCCUAUUCUCAUUAAUUUAUGCAAGUUAUGCGUCCUGUCCGGACAACUUUCGUCAAUGUCCGCAUGUGGACAUGUGCGCACAGUUGAGCUUGGAUUCGUUGGGUGAGUUUUUUGCGCUCUUCUGAAACCCAAACGGGGAAUUUUUUCCCAAAACUGCCGAGAUGUUUUGAUCAUAAAUUGAAAACAAUCAACCCCUGUAGAAAUUUUAAUUCACAAUUACUACACUCCGUUACGAAAGUAUACCUACCCCAUUGAAAAUUGCAAUAUCUAAAGUUUGGUGAGAGAUAUCGAAAAACUGCUAAUGCCAUUCGAAAGAGCAUGUCUUAAAACCUAUUACCACAAGGAAUCAGCCCGUGGAAAAAAUUUUGAUCGGUUUGGCAACCAUUUUAAUAUUUUUUGCCGUUUCAAAAGUAUACCUACCCCUGACGGUUUUUUGGCCAAUCUGGCUCGGAUUUUGAAUUAACUUGCCCCGAUUUCUUUCCAUCGUGUACCCUAUGGUAUUAGGAAGUGUAUUAAAUUCAUUUCAAUUGCACUUUACCCACGUAGUGCUUUUGCGAGCCAUCUCUGACCUUGUACAUGAGGUUAAUCUUAAUUUCAAAAAAUUUCUUGACUAGGCUGCUUUCUUGGCAGAAAAACUACAUUACCUGUUAAAUUUUGCACAUAUAGCUCACUAUGAGAGAAUAAAACAGCUUACUGAAAGUUUUCAAGUAUUUUCUCAUCAUAUCAUCUACAACAAGCAGCUACCGUAACACUUUAGGCUCUAAAAUACCAAGACGAAUGGACGCAAAUCAUAAAAUUUGAUACGCGAAUUCAGACUCAGCAUGUCAGAAAACAUAUCUCUUUAAUUAGACGCCCAUACAGAGCAGGCCCCAGCCCCGUAGAGUUCGUUCUUCAAAAACUUCCGAAAAACAUGCAAAAAUACACUAGGUUUUGCAAAUGCAUUUUUGAACCGAGUGUCUGCAACAGAUAUCACACUUCUGAAACUAGUGGAGUAUAAAUAUAGGUUUACGGAUAUGCUGAGUUUGAUUUUCCGGACAAAAUUUUGCAAUCGAUACUAAUUUUUUGUGUUUCUAGGGUCUGUGAAGGUUACUGUAGGAAGUAUACGGUAAUUUAUCUCUUAUGUAGAUGGCUGUACAUGAUAUUGUAUUGAUUUGGUUUACGUAUUACCUUCGAUAAGAGUUGUCUAGGUCAUUUUUUUAGCGAAACAAAGACAUUCAUGUAGGGUUUUUUUGAAAUUAAGACUAACCUCAUGUACAAGGUCAGAGAUGGCUCGCAAAAGCACUACGUGGGUAAAGUGCAAUUGAAAUGAAUUUAAUACACUUUCUAAUACCAUAGGGUACACGAUGGAAAGAAAUCGGGGCAAGUUAAUUCAAAAUCCGGGCCAGAUUGGCCAAAAAACCGUCAGGGGUAGGUAUACUUUUGAAACGGCCAAAAAUAUUAAAAUGGUUGCCAAACCGAUCAAAAUUUUUUCCACGGGCUGAUUCCAUGUGUUUAGAGGUUUCAAGACAUGCUCUUUCGAAUGGCAUUAGCAGUUUUUCGAUAUCUCUCACCAAACUUUAGAUAUUGCAAUUUUCAAUGGGGUAGGUAUACUUUCGUAACGGAGUGUACGUAUUAGGAUUUUCAUAAAGGGCACGGAGUUUCAUGAAACGGAGAAUUAUCAGCAAACAGGUUUUCGUCUGGGCGGCGCUCCCAAUUUCGCGUCCUCUCUCGCGAAAUACCGUCAAAUAAAUUCACGGCUAUAUACUGAAAAGUCUUGUGGCUAGGUCAGAGGCUAUUCGACAAACUUUUACAACCCCUCAUUUGAUAAACCUUAAAUUUAUUAAACACAAUUUUUCGACACCACCUAAAUUUCAGAGAACCUUCUGGACGAAACAGAACAAUUUACAUCGGAGUUCUCUCAAACUCACGAAGUUAUCUGCAAAUAUUCAAACCUAACUGGCCCCCAAUUGCGUCAUCGCCGUUUGUUUCUUCCUUCCUUGAUGUGUUCGUUGGUAAAGAACACUGGAGGAAUACACAAGGUCAAAUUCGCGCCUCACCGCUAUGUUGCGGCGUUUGCCAUUGUAUUGUGUCAAGGAUGGGAGAGGCAAGGAUUACCGGAAAUGCCGAUUUUUGGUUUUUAG